UUUAGCUCGUAGUGAACCACAAAAGAAGAAACAGAGCAGCCUUUGCUGGAAGUUUUGUGUUUAUCUCCAUUUUAUUUGUAUUUUACGUGUAGAAAAUAGUGAAAACAAGUGAUUGUCGCAGGGCGUCGACUAUCAUUUUAACAAUCCCAAAAAAUGAAUCGUGUAAUGCGCAGUUAUACGCCCGAUUUUAAGCCAUCGCGAAAGUCAGUUAUUGGUACACCAUCGCUGGAGGCGUCCUCGGAGUUGAACGAGAGGCACCGUCGCAGAUACUCGGUUUCUGCUGCCGCUGGGUUCACCGCUUCUGUCUCGAAAAAUGUGGAAACAUUCUCACCAAAACAAGCAGCAUUCUCGGACUCACAAAAAUCAAGCCAAGAAAGUACGCCAUCUGCGAAAGCAAAGAAUCUGCGGGAAAGUUUACUGCUGAAGAUUUUGUCCACUCCGGUUGACCAACCGCUUUCGUUGAAUGACUCCGACGCAUCGGAUGCGUCAUUUUACAGUCUCAAUAGCACGCCAGUUCCCUCCGAAGAGCUGCUUGAAUCAGAUGAUUUACUACGUUGCACUACUCCUAUAGAAGUGUUUGACUGUCAGAACAAUCCUCGUCUAGCGCGUUUGUACAGAGAUCUGCAAAGUCCCUCCGCUGCGACCAGAAUCCGAGCUUUGCGUGCUUUGAAAUCACCCUCCAAGCGUGAUGCUUACGGUAAUUUCGAUGUUCCCCUCGAGGAGCAAGAUAUCAUCACGGAGGAAGAACGUAAAACCCCACAGCAGAAGACGAUCCAAGAUGUAAUGGUGAAUGUUUGCGUGUACGUAGAAGUUCGAUCAGGAGCGGAUAAUCGUUCGGAUGGGAUCAAGGAUCAUGUGGCUUCACUCGGUGCGAGAGUAAACGAGAAGUUGUAUAAAGAUACUACCCACGUCGUCUUCAAAGAUGGUCUCCUUUCUACAUAUCAGAAAGCGAAGAAAAUGAACAUUCCAGUGGUAUCUAUCCUGUGGAUUGAGGCCUGCAAACGGCAUAACUGUCUGAUGAAUCCGGAGGGCUUCCCGAUCUCUAACCUAGAGCGGUAUGAAAAUCCGGAACUGUUCAAGAAAAUUAGGCGUCAAAAAUCGAUGCAGCCCCGAGCCGAAGAAGCUGCUAAUUCAAGCGGCAAGAAACGUGCCCCGCUGAAUGCCGCUGUUCCUGGUGUAUCAAAAUUGGCGAUUUCUCCCCCGUCAAGACUACCGGUGUUGCAUCGCCUCCGUAAAGACGAUGGGCUGGAAAAAAUUCUUAACGAAUUUCAGGCGGAAAAUGAAAGCGCUCCUGAGCCGCAGGAUGAUUUCGAUAAAUUAUUGGCCGGACCAAUGAGGUUGUUGGAAAAAUUCCGAAAUUCGCCUGCACCUACCGGGCCAUCGGAAACGGACAAAUUGGAAGCCUUUUCUGAGGUAGAAAUUCCAGCCACACCGGACGCUCAGUCGAGGAAUAUCCGGAAAUCAUUAUUUGACGGAUCGAUGAGCAGCAAUAGUACAAGAGAGGGUGUAACAACAAGGAGGAGGAGUGUCAGUGUGAACAAAGAUGUUGGCUUGGAACAGAAGCUCACGCCAACCCCGAGACAGCGCCGAAAAACAGCGCUGUUUACUCCUAAGAUCAGUAGUUUGGUAGAGGAAGUGGAAUCUCCCGUUUCGGUUGCUUCGAACGCUACCAAAAAACGUAAAACAAUCUGUUCUCCGAAAGCAAUGGAGAUUUGCAAAGCAAAUAGCGUAGAUUCAGAGAAUAUGCAGGAAAACAUCGCACCUUCAAAUGCCAAAAAUCGUGCAACAAUCUAUUCCCCCACGGGAAUGGAGCAAUCCUCUAAUAAGACUGAUAAAAUCCACUCCAUGGAUGCUGUGAAUGCUCGUAAAACGCUACUUCCCACAACUAGCAAUAAUGUUAUAAACGGUGGGUCGGGCCAUAAAGCAAAAACUCCCGAGCUAGAUCCGAAGGAGUUGGAGGUAUUCCGAACAAAUCGUAGGAGAACCUUGUACACACCUGGUGUUUAUGAUGAAGCGGACAAGAAAGAUAGCACCAAAAAUAGUUCAGUUUCGACAACAAACAGCACUAACUUUAACCCGGAAGCAAACUCAACGACAACAGAUAAAGCUCCCACUGCGAACAAUUCGGUGAGAAAGAGGCGCACAUUGUAUACACCCGGUGCUUCGUCGGAACAUUCAGAAUCACCGAAAAAUGUACUUUCUAUCCGUCGCCAGACAAUGUUCACACACAAUGAUCUCGAUACACAAAAACCAUCGACCAACAUUUCACCCGCCUCCGCCGUCCAAAAGCGCAACAAAACACUUCUAGAAGAAUACCAAACAAGUCUGACCUUCAGUUCCACGAAGACGCCCGUCAGUGAACGACGGAAGACGAUUUUCGACAUUUCGAUGGAUAUUAUUGAUAAACGUUUGUCUUGCAUCAACAUGCAAUCUAAGCAGCAGAACGAGGACGGCAAAGAUGGUCGCGCUGCCAGCGUGAGCCGCAGCGAGUCGAUGGAAACCGCUCUCAAGUCUCCUCCUCCAAGACUAAGCUCAAUGAGUCGUCAGACGUCGCUCGACACCUUCUACAGACAGCAGACAAAAUCGACUGAGAAAACAAUACGAUCCAAAUCAUCUGUUGAUAUCCAAAGAGUCGAAGUAGCCACCGAGUGCGCCCAAGGAACUCUCCCCCGAAAGCGUAGGCUCUUCAACGCACAACCUUCGGUAAUGGAAUCGCCAGCUGCCUCAAAUCAAGAUUCUAACUCCAGCUCCGGGGAGGAAAAUCCUAAGAAGCGAACUAAAGCUUCAAACCCGGGAAAUCGCCGAUCGCUAGCUGUGCCGCAGACGGCCCCUAAGCCAAUCACAACUACAACGAAAAACUCCCGUCGCAGCACGAUGCUUUUCGAAACGCAACUUCCCAGCUCUUCCCACCAGCUGCCUGCUCGUCCAAUUAUGGGAACCCAAGCCCGAACCAUGAAAGCACUUGGGCUUGGCGCUGGGCUUCCAACGGUGGCCUCCCAGCAUCUGACCAAAUCAGCUCGCCGCGGCGGAACGCAAUACCAUCUGGCAACAACGAAUCUUCACGCCACUCAGCACGCCUUCGUCAAAGAGGUCAUCUCGACUCUUGGUGGCUUCCUUGUCGAAAGCAACGUCAGUGACAGAACCACCCAUCUAAUCAGCCUUGAACCCCGUCGUACGCUCAAUUUACUACGUGCUCUGAUACGUGGCCUCUGGAUCAUCACCUAUGAAUGGAUCGUCGAGUCUAACAAAGCUGGCCGUUGGCUGUCCGAGGAGCAGUUUGAGAUGCGAAAUUUCUCCCCCGCUGUCCAGAUUUGCCGCAGUGAGCGACAAGCUUUCGGACCGGAAUAUCGGAUGGAGUUGUUUGCAGAUUCUGGAUCGUUCUAUGUUUCGGAUAAUUGUGAGGUACCAUCGAGUCAACUGCGAGAACUGAUCGUCACGUGUAAGGGGAAAAUAACUAGCAAUGUUAUGAAGGCAAAGUAUGUGAUUGUUGAAUCCAAGAAGGACGCGCCAAACGUCGCAGGAGGAGCGUUUUUGGUGAGUCCACUUUGGAUACUAGACAGUGUAAGUAACAUGAAGAUCAAAAAAGCGUACAAGUAUUUAAUAAGAAAAUAGUUCGAUCCCUAAAGAAUGCGAGAAAAUCAUAUGAGAGAAAUCCUGACACAUUUAUUUAUAUGAAUU